CUUUGUCCUUACCGAUAACUUAACUAUUAAUGUUAAUUAUUAGUGGGAUUUUAUGAGUAUGAUUGUUGUUUUUUUAUUUAUUCAUUGUCAACAAAGAUAAUAAUAAUUUACUAGUUGACAGAAUUAGUUAGAGCAGUGGAAACCAUGACAGUGGAAGGAAGGAGGAGUAGAGGCAGGCCCAAGUUGACUUGGGAUGAAAGACUUAGACAAGAUUUGGUAGAGUUGCACCUCUCUGAGGACAUAGUUCAGGAUAGGAGUUCGUGGAGACGUAGGAUUAAGAUUAAGGACUUGUAGGUGAGGGUAUAGACGUGUCCUAGCUUUGCCUUAGGAAAGGGGGAGGGGGGUUAGAUUUCUUUUACACUUUAGGUAGACCAACAUAUGAUGAUUUUCUUGUAUCGAUGCCUAUAUGUUGCUUGUUGAUGAUUUAUCUGACUACUGCUAUGCUAUUUACUUAUCCAUCUUUCGUCUACCUGCCUGUUGGUUGUUUUAGAGUCGGGGUCUCUUAGGAAGCAACCUCUCUAUUCUUAGGAUAGAGGGAAGGUUUGCCUACAUCCCACCUCCCGCAGACCCUAACAAUAGUUCUGCUAUUUGUGUGAUUUACUGGGUAUGGUUGUUAUUGUUGUUGUGUUAUAUUAGACAGAGUUGCAGGAAACUUUCUAAUACAUAUAUAGAUCAAGGAUGUGGAUCAAUACAGAACAAUAAUUAUAUAACUUUUGCAAAGUAAGAAAAAAUGGCGAGAAUGCUGGUGGACAUUCCAAUCCCUCCGAAGUGGAAACGACUAUGGGAUACAUGGGAUCUCCGAACCUUCAUCAUCAUCAGUCUUUCCUUACAAACAUUUCUGAUUUUUGUUGCUCCUUUUCGAAAACGAACAAAAAGCUACUGGAUAGUAAUGCCAUUGUGGUCUGCGUACUUGUUGGCUGACGCCACGACUAACUUUGCUGUUGGACUUAUCUCGAAUAGCAUGGGGAACCCUGGUGAGGAUGCGGGUAAAAAAAAUAGAGACCCCGUGGAAAAUACAGACCUUCUUGCCUUUUGGGCACCGUUUCUUUUGGUGCACCUUGGUGGUCCGGACACCAUUACGGCUUUCGCAUUGGAAGACAACGAGUUGUGGCUUCGCCAUUUACUUGGUCUUCUCUUCCAGUGUGUAGCUGCAAUUUAUGUGUUUGUUCAGUCACUUCCAGAUAACCGGCUAUGGAUUCCUACAACGUUGAUGUUUGCGACUGGAAUCAUCAAAUAUGCUGAAAGAACACGCUCGCUUUAUCUUGCGAGUGCUGAUAGAUUCAAAGAAUCAAUGCUUACGGGCCCUGAAGCAGGCCCGAAUUACGCAAAACUCAUGGAUGAAUACGUUUCCAAGAAGAAAGCAAACCUUCCGACUUCAAUCGAAAUGGUUGAUGAGCCGGAUCAAGCUGCCAAAUCAGCUAACAAGGCUAAAAAAGGGAACUUAACAGAAUUGGAGGUGGUCCAGUAUGGUUAUAUGUUCUAUAAAAAAUUUAGAGGUCUUAUUGUGGAUACAAUUUUCAGUAGAAAGGAACGGAGUUUGGGUCGCGAUUUCUUCUUGAAUAGGAACGCGAAAGACGCGUUUAAAGUGGUUGAGGUCGAGUUAAACUUCAUCUAUGAGGUUCUAUUCACCAAGCUUCUUGUGGUGUAUGGUAAGUACGGGGCCAUUAGUCGGUUUUUCUCUCUCGCGACUGUUUGUGCGGCAAUUAUUUUAUUCGUAAUGAAAAGCAAAACAAACUUCAGUGAUGUUGAUGUUACAAUUACUUACGCUUUGCUCUUUGGCGCGUUGGGUUUGGAUUUAACUGCUCUAUUUAUGCUCUUGAUUUCGGAUUGGACCAUCAUUACUCUUCGGGAAUCACCUGAUGACGAGCCUGUCAACUCUUUCAAGAACAAAAUGAUCACGAAAUUUCUUAAACUCAGGACCGAGGGCACACUUAAGGCAACCAAAAGCAAUGUUAAUUCGAAAAAAGAUGAUAAAAAGAAAGGGGUCGAUCCGUCAAAGCCCUCGAAAGAAGAUGAUAAACCACAGCCCUCGAAAGAAGAUGAUAAACCACAGCCCUCGAAAGAAGAUGAUAAACAACAGCCCUCAAAAGAAGAUGAUAAAGCGAAAGGGGUUGUUCCGCCACCCAAACUUCCUAGGUGGUAUAUGUUAAAACGAAGGUGGUCUGAAACCAUUAAUACAUUCAACCUUAUCAACUACUGCUUGCACCAACGUCCCGAACCAUGGGAAAAAGUUUUCGAAAAGUUGGGGAUUACAGGGUUGCUUGAUGGCAUCUUUUAUGUAAAACCAGAAUCAUUCUCCACGGAACUUAGAGACUUCAUCUUCUUGGAGCUAAAACUAAAAUCAGAACUAGCAGAUGACUUGGAGACCGCGAAGGAGAUCAGCUCCGCACGUGGAGAUUGGGUGCUUCGAGUCGAAGAAGGUUGGGGUGACUUACUCAAAUAUGUUGCAGGUGUCGACUACGAUCAAAGUCUGAUUCUAUGGCACAUCGCUACAGAAUUAUUAUACAACCAGGAACUUCGUACCGAUAACAAAGGGGACAUAAAGGGUAAGGAAAUCUCAAAACUCUUGUCUGAUUACAUGUUGUACCUUCUUAUCAUGCAAUCUAGCAUGAUGUCGGCAGUAGCAGGUAUUGCACAAAUACGGUUUCGGGAUACUUGUGAAGAGGCUAAAAGGUUUUUCCUUGACAAAACAAUUGUCGAACCAAGUGAUCAAUCGGGAAAUGGAAAACCACAAAUACCAAAAGAAGCUGGGGGUAAGCACAUACAGGCUUGUAAAGAGAUUUACGAAGUAGCAACCGAAGUGCCACCCGUAGCGAUAAAGGGUGACCGGAGCAAGUCGUUGUUAUUCGAUGGUUGCAUUUUGGCAAAAAAAUUGGUGGAGAAAGAGAAAGAUUCGAAGUCGGAUAAGUGGACGAUUAUAAGCAAGGUGUGGGUGGAGUUAUUGUGUUAUGCUGCGACUCACUGCCGAGCCAACAUGCAGGCAGCACAAGUGAGUAGAGGUGGUGAGCUUGUUACCAUAGUUUGGUUGCUUAUGAGUCAUUUUGGUUUAGGAGAACAAUUCCAAAUCAAUGAAGGUCAAAGCAGAGCCAUACUCCAAGUUGGCAAGUAGUUUCGAGUUUUAUUUUGGCCAAGGUAACUGCAUCAUAUGUGGUGGAGAACAGCACUAAUAAAUUGUUGGUUUUUAAAGUGUUUUUCUUGUAUUUCCAUUUUGUUUGGGAUUGACAAGAUUCUGUAAUGCUUAUAAGUUUUAACUAAUGAUCAUAACUAUGGGUGAGUUAAAAUGAUUAUUAUCUUAGAUUUGAGAAAUAAUUGUUUUAAUUGUUUAAGUAUACUUAGAAGUAAAAAUAA